UUUUCUCUGACUUCAAUUAUCUUUUCAGAGCCCAUAGAAUUUUGGCUGUUAGUGGAAGUUAUCUUUUCUGACUCUGACUCUGACUUCCGCGUAAAAGCCUUUUAAUAUGUUGUGAAGAUCGUUGAAGAUGGACAAGAGCUUCGAUUUUGAGAUGUAUCUGUUUUUCUUCAUCUUCUUCACAGUAAUAACCAGAAGCCAUGAAUAUGACCCUUGCAAGGCAACUAAGUGCGGGGACGGCGGCCCAGAAAUCCGGUUUCCUUUCCGGCUGAAGAACCGCCAGCCGGAGAGCUGCGGCCACCGGGGCUUCACCCUAUCCUGUACCGAACAAAACGACAUCGUUCUCGACUUAUCGGCGGCAACGCCUGCGCCUGCGCCGGUGGCAUCGCCCCUAUAUUCAGCAAAGUUGUUGAUAAAGGAAAUCGAUUAUGGGCCUCGGGUAAUUUUUGUGUCCUAUGGCUCCGACGAUUGCUUCCACCCUCUGCUUAUAAAUUUCAACUUCUCCGGCACUCCCUUCCGUUACGCAGAUAACCAAAAAGAAAACUUGUACACUCUGUUCAAAUGCCCAUAUUCGUCCACGAUUCUGAGAAACCUCAAUUUUUGCUAUGACAAAUCUGACCUACAUGUUUAUAUCAUCUAUACUGACGACUAUGACAUCACGGAGCAGCGUCUCUCGUACUGCAAUAAGACUGCUAGUCACAUCCCACUGGUUCAAUUUGAAUUCACACAUAAAUAUUAUCUUGCUCUUACAUGGUCUCAAAUUCCUGAACCUCCUCGAGAUAAGCCUAAAUCAGGUACAACUAGAACCCUGAAGAUCACAGGUAUAGUCCUAGGUUCACUUCUUAUUGCUAUGAUUGCAGUUGUACUCUACUGCAUCUAUAGCAUAGAUAAAACAGAAAGAGAGCAUCGAGCUAAGAUUGAAAAAUUUUUGGAGGAUUAUAGAGCUCUUAAGCCUGCACGAUACUCCUACGCUGACAUUAAGAGGAUAACUCAGCAAUUUAAGGACAAGCUGGGUAAAGGAGGUUAUGGAACUGUGUUCAAAGGAAAGCUUUCCAAUGAAAUUCUUGUUGCUGUAAAGAUCCUCAAUGUUGCCAAAGGAAAUGGUGACGACUUCCUUAACGAAGUGGGAACAAUGGGUAGAAUCCACCAUGUCAAUGUGGUUCGCCUUGUAGGCUUCUGUGCUGAUGGAUUUAGAAGAGCUCUUGUUUAUGAGUUCCUACCAAAUGAGUCACUUGAGAAGUUCAUAUUUUCAGAAGACCUUAAGAAGUCUCUUGGUUGGAAAAAGCUCAAGGACAUUGCACUUGGCAUAGCCAAAGGAAUUGAAUAUCUGCAUCAAGGGUGCGACCAACGAAUCCUCCAUUUCGAUAUCAAACCCCACAACGUCUUGCUGGAUCAAAACUUCAACCCAAAGAUCUCUGAUUUUGGUCUAGCUAAGUUGUGCUCCAAAGAGCAAAGUGCCAUAUCUAUGACUACUAAUAGUCCUAGAGGGACCGUGGGCUAUAUUGCUCCUGAAGUGUUCUCAAGGAACUUUGGGAAUGUAUCACACAAAUCAGAUGUCUACAGUUUUGGAAUGUUGUUGCUAGAUAUGGUUGACCAGAGGAGAAAUAUUAAUACUACAGAAGAUAGCAGCAGCCAAGGGUACUUUCCAGAUUGGAUUUAUAAUCGGAUGGAAUGCGGAGAACCUAUCGGAAGCGGGAUUGAAAGUGGUGGAGAUGCAAACAUAGCAAAGAAACUAACAAUUGUAGGACUUUGGUGCAUUCAGUGGUAUCCUGCGGACAGACCAUCAAUGAAAGUAGUUGUUCAAAUGCUAGAAGGAGAAGGCAGCGGUCCUAUCAUGCCGCCAAAUCCUUUUUCUUCUUCAAAUCCAACAGCUGCAAAUGCAACCAAGCACAGAAGAACUUUUGACAUAGAACUACCAAUUAUUCAUGAAACAGUCAGAUGAGAUCUAUUUGAUCUGUUGAUUUUUAACUUGGAAGAAGGCGCAUAUGUUUAUUUCCUCUAUGCCAGAGAACAACAGAAGCUGUAGGUGAUAAAGGCAAUGGAUGCGAAGGAGGGGAAGGUCUAACAAGACUUUUAUCGUACUUUUUCUUUUGAAGAGUUUAUGAAUAACUACUGUUAUCAGUAAUGAAUUUUCUUGAAAAUAAAUAAUAAUUAGAGCUUCCAGAAA